AACAAAUCACAAACACUUCAAGUCAAAGAAAUUAACAUGGCAUCCCUCAAACAAGUUUCACCCCUAUUAUUACUCUUCCCUCUAUUGCUCAUUUCCCUCUUCAAGUCCUCCCACGCUGCAGGAAUUGCCAUCUAUUGGGGUCAAAACGGAAACGAAGGCUCCUUGGCAGACGCAUGCAACACUGGCAACUACCAAUUUGUGAACAUAGCAUUCUUGUCCACAUUUGGCAAUGGCCAAACCCCCCAACUAAACCUCGCUGGCCACUGUGAACCCAGCACCAACGGCUGCACCAAAUUCAGCGACGAAAUCAAGGCGUGCCAGGGCAAAGGCAUCAAAGUGCUACUCUCCCUCGGAGGAGCCAGUGGGAGCUACUCCCUCGGCUCAGCCGAGGAAGCAACACAGCUUGCAACCUUUCUUUGGAACAACUUCCUCGGAGGACAGUCGAGUUCCCGCCCAUUGGGCGAUGCUGUCCUCGAUGGCAUAGACUUUGACAUUGAGGCCGGUGGCGGCAACCAUUGGGAUGAACUUGCAAGGGCCCUCAAUGGGUUCAGCUCACAGAAGAAGGUGUACUUGGCUGCAGCCCCACAGUGUCCAAUCCCUGAUGCUCACUUGGACUCAGCCAUCAAAACCGGCCUCUUUGACUAUGUGUGGGUUCAGUUCUACAACAACCCUCCAUGCCAGUACUCUAGUGGCAGCACCAACAAUCUCAUCAAUUCUUGGAACCAAUGGACCUCAAGCCAGGCCAAACAAGUGUUCUUGGGACUGCCAGCUUCUACUGCAGCUGCUGGUAGUGGGUUUGUUCCUGCUGAUGUGUUGACCUCCCAGGUUCUUCCUGCUAUCAAGGGUUCUGCCAAGUAUGGUGGAGUCAUGCUUUGGGACAGAUUCAAUGAUGGUCAAAAUAAAUACAGUGAUGCUAUUAAGGGUAGUGUUUAAUUUAGUUUGAGGUUAAUUAAGAUAUAUAUAGCCAUCAUGUCUUUGGAAUAAGUAGCACCUUGAGUAGGUUUUAUUCCUACGUAGAGUGCUAUAAAUAAAUAACUGCUAUAGUGUUAUGUGAUCAUUUUGAAGUAUGGAAUAAGUAAUAAAUAACUACAUCCCGAUCUCUUGAAA